AACCAAACCGACCCCUUUCAUUCGUCUCCUAAUAAAUCUCAAGAGAGUUUUUUUUGCAAUUUCAAUUUCAGUUUUUUUUCAGAUCUCAAAACUUUUCCUCGUUUCCGAUUCGAUUCGAUUCUUCUCUCGUCUGCUUUCCUCAAAGGUUUUUUCAUCACUUUAUGCUUCACAAGCGAGCUAGUGAAGCUAACGAGAAGAGCGAUAACAGCAUCGGUUCCGAUUUAGCAUCCAAGAAACGACGUAUCGAUAUCACUGAUUCUUCUUCCGCGUCUGAUAAGUCUUUGGUUGUAGCUUCUGGUAGUAGUAGUAGCAGCGGAUUUCUCGGCGAUAGCGUUGUUCAGCAACUCGACAUGGCUUUUGGUAACUCGAAUCGUCAGGAGAUCGAUGAGGAUCUUCACAGUCGGCAGCUCGCUGUCUAUGGUCGUGAGACUAUGAGGCGUCUCUUUGCUUCGAAUGUUCUCAUCUCUGGGAUGCACGGCCUUGGCGCCGAGAUUGCCAAGAAUCUUAUUCUUGCUGGUGUUAAGUCUGUGACCCUGCAUGAUGAAAGAGUUGUAGAGCUAUGGGACUUAUCUAGCAACUUUGUUUUCUCGGAGGAUGAUGUUGGCAAGAAUAGAGCGGAUGCUUCUGUUCAGAAGUUACAGGAUCUUAACAAUGCUGUGGUUGUCACUAGCUUGACCAAAAGCUUAUCCAAAGAGGAUCUUUCUGAUUUCCAGGUUGUUGUUUUCUCUGACAUAAGCAUGGAAAGAGCAAUCGAAUUUGAUAACUAUUGUCACAGCCAUCAGCCUCCCAUCUCUUUUGUUAAGGCUGAUGUCAGGGGUCUUUUUGGCUCUGUCUUUUGUGAUUUUGGGCCUGAAUUUGCGGUUCUCGAUGUUGAUGGUGAGGAACCCCAUACAGGCAUCAUUGCGUCUAUCUCUAAUGAGAACCAGGCAUUUAUUUCCUGUGUCGACGAUGAGAGGCUUGAAUUUCAAGAUGGUGACCUAGUUGUUUUCUCAGAAGUUGAGGGUAUGACGGAAUUGAAUGAUGGGAAACCAAGGAAGAUAAAAAGUGCACGGCCAUAUUCAUUCACCCUUGAUGAGGACACUACAAACUAUGGAACAUAUGUUAAGGGUGGUAUUGUCACUCAAGUGAAACAACCAAAGUUGCUGAAUUUCAAGCCAUUGAGGGAAGCUCUUAAAGAUCCUGGGGAUUUUCUAUUUAGUGAUUUCUCUAAGUUUGAUCGGCCUCCACUCCUUCACUUAGCAUUCCAGGCACUUGAUCAUUUUAAAUCUGAAGCUGGCAGAUUUCCUGUUGCUGGCUCAGAAGAAGACGCUCAGAAGCUUAUAUCGAUUGCCACAGCCAUCAAUACCGGGCAGGGUGAUUUAAAGGUGGAUAAUGUUGACCAGAAGCUUCUACGACACUUCUCCUUUGGAGCCAAGGCUGUCCUGAACCCCAUGGCUGCAAUGUUUGGUGGUAUUGUUGGACAGGAGGUUGUUAAAGCUUGCUCUGGAAAAUUUCAUCCUCUCUUCCAGUUCUUCUACUUUGAUUCAGUGGAGUCACUCCCCACUGAACCUCUGGAUUCAAGUGACUUUGCACCAAGGAACAGCCGGUACGAUGCCCAAAUAUCUGUAUUUGGGGCCAAAUUCCAGAAGAAACUCGAAGAUGCUAAAGUUUUUACAGUCGGGUCUGGUGCACUUGGGUGUGAGUUCUUGAAAAAUAUGGCUCUGAUGGGGGUGUCU